AUGAAACUGCCGUCGCAAGUCACCGUCCACCACCCACGCUUUCGCUCACAUCUGACUCUGAGAGCUGACCUCCCCCCCCCCCCCCCCCCCCCUUUCCUCACUCUUCUCCCCCUCCCCCUGUCCUUCCUUCGCUUGGCCCGUCUUCGCGCGCGUCGCGUUCCACCGCACCCACCUUACCCUGCAUUACACACUCGACGCGCCACACGAGCAGCUGCACAAGAGUAUCAACGAGGCUUACAAGAUCUGGAAGAGGCACACCCCUUUCCUGUCAGUACACACUGCGCCUCGUCUUCCCUAGACGUCCGGCACAGUCGUACUGACGCUCGCCCGACCACGAACAGCUACGACCUCGUGCUCACCCAUGCGCUCGAUUGGCCUUCCUUGACCUUGCAAUGGUUCCCCGACAAGGAGUCGUAAGUCAGACACCGCUCGUCACAUGAACUAUGACUGCUUGCGACUAGGAUCCGCACCAGAGCGAAGGAUCGACGCGUCGUAGCCGGCCACCGAGUACGAGCUAGGAGCAACCCCGUUGACAUUGGCUAUCCGAAUCAUCCCGCAGACCGGCGGGCAAGGACUACACUUCGCACCGCAUCCUCAUGGGCACCCAUACCUCGGACAAUGACAACAACUACGUCCAGAUCGCCGAGGUCCACCUACCGAAACCGACUGCCGAACUCGACCUCGACAAGUACGACCAGGAGAAGGGUGGUCAGUCCAUAUGGUCUGGUGGCUGCACACCAAGCUCGAUUGCUCACCCACCACCCCCCCUUUUUCAUCACAGAGGUCGGAGCUCACUCCGCGACCGAAACGCGCAUCAAGGUGAUCCAAUCGAUCAACCACACCGGCGAAGUCAACCGCGCGCGCUACAUGCCCCAAAAGUGUGACCUCAUCGCCACAAAGACCGUUCUCGGCGAGGUCUACGUCUUUGACCGAACAAAGCACCCGUCCCAGCCGACCAACGACGUGUGCAAGCCCGACAUCACCCUUCGAGGCCACACCAAGGAAGGGUCAGUUGAGCUUCGUGGGAUUGGUGGGGGCUGAGGGCUCACUCUUGCGCUCGUUGCACGUUUGGCAGUUAUGGUCUCUCGUGGAACCCAACAUCAGGGAAGGCCGGUCACUUGCUCAGUGCUUCCGAAGACCAGUCCAUCUGCCACUGGUGCGUUCUUCCAUGUCUGAGCUGAUGUAUGAUCGGCAGACGCUAACCGGCGCUCGUUUGACCUUCACCAGGGACGUCAACGGGUACACCAAGGGCGCAUCAACGAUGGAACCCCUCACCGUCUACCGAGGCCACACUGCGAUCGUCGAGGUGAGUCACUCGUCCUCGAGAACGUGUGCUAUCGAGCAAAGUCACCGACUGAAUGUAUUUGUUCGUACUCAGGACGUCGCAUGGCACUGCCUCCAAGAAAACAUCUUUGCCUCCGUCGGCGAUGACCGGCAACUUCUCAUGUAAGCCUCGGUGGUCCCCAUUGUCUUGUUCGGCUACUAACCUUUCGAAACCUUUUCUCUUUAGGUGGGAUACUCGUGGCGUCUCGGGUGUAAUGAAGCCGACUGCGCGCGUCGAGGCCCACGAAGCCGAGAUCAACGCUGUCGCCUUUGCGCCCCACAACGAGAACAUUCUCAUCACCGGUUCAGCCGACAAAGUUAGUCGACUCACAUCAUAACCCGCUCGCCAGAAAUUGAUGGCCUUCAUUCUCUUGGAACAGACGAUCGCGUUGUGGGAUCUGCGAAAUCUCAAACUCAAGCUGCACACCUUCGAGUCGCACACGGACGAGGUACUCCAACUCGCCUGGUCCCCAACGAAUGAAACCAUCUUCGCCUCCGCCUCCGGCGACCGCCGCGUCAACGUAUGGGACGUUUCCAAUAUCGGUGUAGAGCAAACGCCCGAAGAUCAAGAAGAUGGUCCACCGGAGUUAUUGUUCGUUCAUGGUGGACAUACCGCUCGACCGACGGAUUUGGCGUGGUCGCCGAAUGAGGAUUGGACGUUGGCCACCGCGGCGGAGGAUAACGUGUUGCAGGUGUGGAGGCCGAGCGCGACGCUGUAUUCGACGGAAGAACAGGACGUCGUGUUGGAGUAA